AUGGGUAACAUUCUGCCGUGGGGUGCUGAAGCAAACUGUCGACGUGCGAUUGAGAGGAACGAGAAAUUCCGUUCACAAGGAUUUGCUGAUUUUCAAUCUCGCGUUGCGACUGAUAGUAAUGAAGUGUUGGAGAAACGCAAACAGAUUCUGUCUUGGCCAUUCCUGGAACUGCGAGAUCGCCUACAGCGAGAUGAGCUAACAGCUAUCCAAGCACUGGAAGCGUACGUGUGGAAAGCGUUGCAGUUGCAAGAGAGGUACAACUGUUGCAUUGAAGUGAUAAGAGAGGCGUUUGACACAGCCGCUGAAAUGGACAGACUGUGGUCGGGUGCCCCAGAAAAGCCGCCAUUAUAUGGUAUUCCUUUCAGUGUUAAAGGAAAUUUCUAUAUGCCUGGAUACGACUGUACCCUUGGUCUAGCGAAGUUCUUAGAGCAGCCGAAACUUGAUGAAUGCACUAUGGUAACUCAUCUUCGUAACCUUGGAGCGGUUCCAUUUGUUAUUACCAAUGUUCCACAAGCUUUGUUAUCAUUCGUAUGCUCUAAUUCUGUUUAUGGUACUACAUCGAAUCCUCAUGACGUAACCAGAUCACCUGGAGGUUCAUCUGGUGGAGAAGGUGCACUUUUCGCUGGUGGCGGCACUCCAUUCGGUAUUGGAAGUGAUCUUGCAGGAAGUUUGCGAAUUCCAGCGGCAUUUUGCGGUUUUGUAACGUUGAAACCAUCUCAAGAGCGCCUGGUCGUCAGGAAUACCCACGGGGGUGUCCCUGGUCGUGGACGCCUCGGUUUAAGCUUUGGAUUUUUCACUCAUACUGUAGAAGAGCAAGUCGAAUUACUGCAGAUGAUUGUUGGAAAACCUGAAUAUAUCCGACUUGUUCCUACUUCUAUUUUGGUACCGAUAGACAAAAAGACAAGCUUGCGCAUUGGGUACUACGAUGACGAUGGAUUUUGCCCUGUGGUACCUUGUGUUAAACGAGCUCUCCUGGAAACUGUUGAACGUUUAAAGGCCGAAGGUCAUGAACUUAUUCUUUUCAAGAUCCCAAAUGUGGAUGAGAUGGUGCAGCUGUUGUACAAGUUGUUGAUGCCGGAUGGAGGUCGUUAUGUUCGUUCGCUUUAUGACAACGACAUAGUGGAUCCGUACUUGAAAGAAUUCGUUCCACAAUGUCUGCGAUAUGUGGCGUCUUCUAUUCUUAAGUCGAUUAGUCCUCAGCUGUCCGCGUUAUCUGCUGCUUAUGUCAGUAACUUGGAAGAUUUGCGUUAUACUCAGGAACUAUGUGACGUGUACAAGGAGCAGUUCAUAAAGUAUUGGAAAAGUCUUGGGAUAGACGCAUUAAUAUGUCCAACAUUUCCCGUUCCCGCUGUGCCGCAUCGCUUUCCAUCACGGAUGUCUUCAGCCGCGACUUAUACGGGCCUCUACAAUUUAUUGGACUUUCCUGCAGGAGCAGUCCCGGCCGGCAAAGUAACUUCAGAGGAUGACCAAGAUUUGCUUGAUGAAUCGAAGUAUCCUGUAGGAUACAAUGUCGCUCUCCGGUAUAUUCGUGAGGCUUCAAUGAGCAGCGUAGGCUUACCACUUUCUGUACAAGUGGUCACACUCCCCUAUGAAGAGGAGAAAUGCCUCAGAGUUAUGGGUGAAGUCGAGAGAGUGUGGAAAAGUCUUCCGGAUUUUGAUAGUUUUGUUAGCGUUUCGUCCUAA